AUGAUCCUUGUUCUCUGCCUGUUCACAGGGCUGGAGAUAACUGUCUCUGAUUUCCAGUGCUAUCAGAACAAUGUACAACACCACACAGAGGAGAUCAGUUACCAGCGGCUCAUAGUGCGUAGGGGUCAGACCUUCUCCCUUAUAUUGUACUUUAAGAACAGGGGAUUCAUGUUGGACAUGGACAAGAUCAUCUUCAUCACAGAGACUGGUCCAAAGCCUGACCUCUCCAUGGGCACCCGAGCCAUAUUCUCCACAGCAGGAUCAAACCUCAAGAGCCCUUGGGUUGCUCUGAUCAAGUCCAAUGGGGCCAACUUUCUGGAAGUCAGCCUGUGUGCCCCACCCAUGGCGGCAAUUGGUCAUUAUCUCCUGAAAGUUCACAUUGAUUCCUUCCAAGGACCAGUCUCGGCAUAUCACCUUGGGGAGUUCAUCCUUCUCUUUAAUCCUUGGUGUCCAGCUGAUGAAGUCUACUUGGAAAGUGAGCCUCAGAGGCAGGAAUAUGUCAUGAAUGAUCAUGGCUUUAUCUAUCAGGGUAACAAGAACUGGAUCCGUCCAUGUCCAUGGAACUAUGGACAGUUUGAAGAAAAUAUCAUAAACAUUUGCCUGAAGCUAUUAGACAAGAGCCUGAAUUCUCAAGUUGACCCAGCUAUGGACUGUGCACUUCGGGGAAGCUCCGUGUACAUCAGCAGAGUCGUCAGUGCUAUGAUCAACAGCAAUGAUGACAAUGGUGUACUCAAUGGGAAAUGGAGUGAGGGCUUUGAUGAUGGAAUUAGCCCCUCUGAAUGGAAUGGUAGUGUGGCCAUCUUGAAGAAGUGGUAUGCCACAGGGGGCCAGCCUGUGAAAUAUGGACAGUGUUGGGUCUUUGCAGCUGUGAUGUGCACAGUGAUGAGGUGCCUGGGGAUCCCCACUCGUGUCAUUACCAACUUUGAUUCAGGGCAUGACACAGACGGAAAUUUGAUUAUUGAUGAGUAUUUUGACCAUACUGGCAGGAUCUUGGAGAAUAAGAAGAAGGACACUGUAUGGAAUUUCCACGUGUGGAAUGAAUGCUGGAUGAGUCGCAGAGAUCUCCCCGCAGGAUAUGGAGGCUGGCAGUUGCUAGAUGCCACUCCUCAAGAGACCAGCAAUGGUGUCUACUGCUGUGGGCCUGCCUCAGUUAGAGCCAUCAAAGAAGGAGAGGUGGAACUGAAAUAUGACACAGCCUUUGCCUUUUCCAUGGUGAACGCUGACUGUGUGUCCUGGCUUGUCUAUGGUGGAAAGGAGCAGAAACUUUACCGUGACACCAAUUCGGUUGGCAACUUUAUCAGUACCAAGAGCAUCCAGAGCGAUGACAGAGAUGACAUUACUGAGAACUACAAGUAUCAAGAAGGCUCACCCAUGGAGCGAGAGGUAUAUAUGAAAGCUCUCCAGAAACUGCAGCUAAGAGGAUUCCCAGAGCAUCACAGAGCAAGUUCCCAGCCUGCAGGGCCCCUAUCGACAAGGGGAGGGGGACCCCUAGGCCACAGUUCUCCUACUCUGCCAAAGGCCGUGAGCCUGAAACUCAAGCUGACCGAGCCUGCCUACCUGGGCCUGGACAUAAACUUUGUUCUACAGGCUUUCAACUUGGCUCCUCAGUUCAAGGCCCUUAAGGUGAACCUGAGUGCUCAGUCCAUGCUCCAUGAUGGCAGCCCCCUGAAUGUUUUCUGGCAAGACAUGGCAUUUAUCACUCUAAUGCCCAGCGAAGCAAAGACGUUUCCCUGUAUAAUCCCCUAUUCCCAGUACAGCGAGUUUCUGUCACCAGACAAGCAGAUCCGGAUCAGUGCCCUGGGAGAAGAGAAGAACAGCUCAGAGAGAUUCCUCGUUGACAAGAUCAUCACCUUGGAACUCCCAAGCAUCGUGAUUAAUGUUCUGGGAGAAGCCGUUGUGGGCCAGACACUUACCAUGCAAAUAAUAUUUGAAAAUCCUUUCUGGGAGGAGGUAGGAGAUUGCGUGCUGACUGUGGAAGGCAGUGGCCUAUUCAAGAAACAGCACAACAUCAUCAUCGGAAUCCUCAAACCUCAAAGUAGGGCCAGCGUCACUAUUAAAACUAUCCCCUUCAAGAGUGGCCAGCGGCAGAUCCAAGCCAAUCUGAGGAGCAACAGAUUUAAGGAUAUCAAAGGAUACAGGAAUGUAAAUGUCUCCCCUGGAUUAUGA